AACGAAAAAAUUGUCUAUGAAUGUUGCUUUUCAAUUUUAGUUCCGAUGUCGAAAGUGUGAAUUUUUAGAAAGUCAUUUUAUAGAAUAACAAAUACUUAUUCAAAAAUGAAUAAAUUAAAAUCAUCACAGAGAGAUAAAGUGAAGAAGUUUGUCGCUUUCACGCAGACGACGGAGAGUACAGCGAUAUACUGCCUGUCGCAGAACGACUGGAAAUUGGACUUGGCGAGCGACAACUAUUUUCAGAACCCUGAUGCUUAUUACAAAGACCCCGUGAAAGCUUCGGUGGAUAGAAAAAAAGUAGAACAGCUCUUCAAUAAGUAUAGAGAUCAGCAGGAGAAUGAUAAAAUUACGGUCGACGGUGUGAUGAAAUUCUUAGAAGAUCUAAAUUUAAGUCCAGAAUCUAUAUUAGUACUUAUAAUAGCGUGGAAAUGCAAAGCAGCCGUGCAGUGCGAAUUCACGAAGGAAGAGUUCAUGACGGGUCUUGUAGAACUUGGUGUCGACAGUGUAGAUAAAUUAAAAUCUAAAUUACCAACAUUAGAAAUGGAAAUAAAAGAUCCUAAUAAGUUUAAGGAUUUCUAUCAUUUUACAUUUAACUACGCCAAAAACCCAGGACAGAAAGGUUUGGAACUCGAUAUGGCCGUAGCUUACUGGAAUAUAGUGCUCCGUGGAAGAUUUAAAUUCUUAGAUGCCUGGUGUAAAUUUCUUACAGAGCACCACAAAAGAUCAAUACCAAAAGACACAUGGAACCUACUCCUAGAUUUUGCCACACAGAUUGACGAUGGAAUGAGCAACUACGAUGCAGAAGGAGCCUGGCCGGUUCUCAUAGAUGACUUUGUAGAAUGGUGUCAAAAGCAAGAGCUUACCGCAGAUGGGUUGAAAUCCUUAGAGCCUGCGUCCGGCUAGCCGACAAUUUACAGCUACCAACAGUAUGGAGCGAGAAACAUAAACAAUGUGUCUGUAGAAUCAGAGGUUAACGAACAAAGUUUUUUCGUGAAACUCAGAUCAUUCAUGAUACGUUUGCUGUCUCGCUUCGUUAUGUACAGUUUGGAGCUGUGUACAGUUGAGUGGAUCGCAAUCGUUAUAGUUUUUGAUCUGUGUAGCUGACUAAAUUGGGAAGUGGCAAGGACAUCAACUAAAAAUAGAGGCCUUUAGUCGAAAGAACUGUAUAGUGACAUGCUAGAUCUGUUACCUGCAGCUAUUUUAGUGGGUGUUAUUAUGGAUGUGGAACAUCAUAGUGUAAAAUGCCUUCAUAAAGAACAUUCUUUAGCAGCAUAGUCUUAUAGACUUUAUGGUGGAAUGUGGGAUAAAACUUAGCAAAUGGAUGUAAAAAAGUCUCAACAUUUACAUAAAAUGUGUUUUUCGCAUACGAUGUGGACCUUUUGGGUGAUUUAAUAGUUGUUUUUUUAAUUGAUUCGACUGAAAGAUGAUAGUCUAGUACCAUUGAAUGUUUUAUAAAACUCUGGAUAAUGCAGGUGAAUGUGUCUCUUCGUGGAGUGGAUUAUGGGCAAUUCACACCAAGAACCUACACGUGACAUAUGCGUAGUGACGCGCGUAAAACCCUAACACACCGGGUUACGCAUACCUCCACGCUUUACACAAGCGGUGUGCCAUGUUACAUACAGUUCCAUACAUUACAACGCAAUGGUACGCGCUACGUCUACGCUUACGCAGCCUAUGUGAACGAGCUAUUGGGUUUUUUUUUUAAUCCUAUGAGAACUCUUUUGGUUUUGUAGGAUAAAAUGUAUGUCCAUCUCCAGGAUGAAAGCUAUGUUUAUACCAGAUUUUGUUAAAAUGGAUUAAACAGAUGAGCUGUGAAAAGCUAGUAGACAGACACAUACACUUUCACACUUAUAAUAUUAGUAUGGAUUAGAAUUGACUUACUUAAAGUAUCAUAAAGAAGGAAGUCUCCUUUUAUGAGAAAUUGAACCUUAUCAGUUUGUAUUAAGGAACAAAUUUUAAAAACAAGUAUUUCAGUAGUGCCAGAAUAUUUUUUUUUAAUUAAAUGGCUUCCAAAACAGAAUAUAAAAUGGAAAUGUUAUAGUCAGGAAAAUAUAUUAAUAUAUAAUAUAAAGGUUAAUUUUGGAAAUAAGCUAUCAAAUUAACCAAAAGGAAUUUGUUACAUUAAAAAAACUGCUAGUACUCAAACUGUAUAAAGCUCUGAACUCUUCGUCCAUUAUGAAUCCUAGAACUCCUGUUUCCUAAUUAAUGAAGAUAAUAGUUUUUAGUAAUACUUUUUUUUUUCUUGAAAAUUGUAGAGAUAAUUCAAAUGAUUAGAUGUUUCAAUCAAUUUUAAUAUUUGCGUUAUAGCAUAUUAAACUGUGAAGAUAAUAAAAUUAAGAUGUAAAUAUGUAUAUACAAGUUAAUGAUAUUAAUUUUGUUUUAUAAUUAUUAAAAUUUAGAACCUUC